AUGAGUGGCUCAGUCCAAGAGGUAUACACGGCAAUUGCUGAGGAAGUCAACCAAACUCCUCUUCUAUCCGCACCGGAAAUCUUUCGAGUAUCGUCACUUUCGGACAAUGCUCCAUCGAUCGAACUUUUUCUAAAAUGCGAAGGCCUGCAAAAGACCGGUUCUUUCAAAUAUCGAGGAGCAUGGUAUGCUCUUUCCUCCUUAAAGACGUCAACACUGGCCAAGGGGCUUGUAACGACCAGUUCCGGAAACUUUGGUAAGGCAUUGGCAAGUGCUGCCCAUGAUCUGGGCAUUCGCCUGGGAAUCAAAAUACCUCUUACUAUUGUCAUGCCUUCAACAUCGCGCUCCUCAAAGGUUAUGGCAACGAAGGCCAUGGGCGCAAAUGUUUAUAUUUCGGGACCCUCAUGGACUGAGAGAGAAGCUGCGGUGCAAGCUUUGCAGAGACAGUUGGGAGCAAGUAACCUCUCAACAGUUAACAAUCCAAAUAUUCUGCUGGGACAAGGGACGGUUGGUGUUGAGAUAAUGGAACAGAUGCGACGUAUCUAUCGCAGUGAGCUAGAUGCAGUUAUCGUUCCCUGUGGCAGCGGCGGCUUGCUAGCUGGAACCGCCCUCUUCUUUCAUGGAACCCGCACAAAGGUAUUUGGAUCAGAGCCAUCUGAAGGUGGCGCUGAUGAUGCUCGGCGAGGUAGAUUGCAGAAAUCGCGCAUUGAUCGCGUCGACUCAAGCACGAUUGCGGAUGGACUGCGAUGCCCUGUUGGUGAGACUGCCUGGGAAAUCAUUCAGCGCCCUGACUAUGUCGAAGAUGUAUAUGCGGUAGGUGAGAAGGAAAUUAAGAUGGCAAUGAAGACGCUGCUAAAGCACAAGGGUUUGGUGGUGGAGCCAAGUGCUGCCGUGGCACUGGCUGCUGCUUUGUUCAGCGCUUCUUUCCAUGAGCGCGCUGAGGAAUAUGGAAAAAGGCCAUAUCGUGUCGGUGUGGUACUGACAGGAUGUAACAUUGAUGUAGAGGAUUUUGCCAUGUUACUUUCCUCCAAAUGA